CCCCUUACACAGGUAAAUUGUUGACAAUGAUAUGUGACGUCAUUCAGGUAAAUUCAAGAUGGAGGGUCCAGUUAACAUUGUAAACAUGAAAUUUGCUUUGAUCUUCUGGUUUGUUGCUGGUAUAUCAGGGGACAUUUUUCUACAAGAUCGUUACGAAAACUGCGGCUCAUAUCGUGAACCUGUGGAAAUAAGAAUUACAGAUCGAGAUGAAGAGGAUAUACGGUCACAUUCCAAUCAAUAUUACAGUGCAGAGAGAAACUGUGUGGUUACCAUCAUUGGUAAAAAACAGCACCAGAUUUCUUUAGAGUUGACUAACAUUGACAUAGAUGGACAUGCUUAUCCCACUGAUCAUUGUGGAGGUCUUUGUUGUAAAGAUUAUCUCAAGAUUUUUAAUAGUUAUAGGAUAGAUAAUGCCCGUCUGUUACCAGGAAUAAACCAAGUUGGACUGUGUGGAACUGAAUUACCGAGAAAAACAACAUUUCAGACGACCAACAACUUUGUAACAAUUCAGUUCCGUACUGAUGAUGUAUCUGAAUAUAAAACUGGUUUUAUUCUGAAAUUUAGACAAUAUCCAUGGAGGAAUCCUGGAAUAUAUCCGGAUGGAGGUUUCUAUGGAGGUUGGAAUGACGGUUCAAGAAAUGAGCUACAAGUUGAUUGGAAUGAACAGAGUCAAAUACCGGGUGAUUAUACACCGGAUAAAAACCCAGAUUAUGAAAGUACUGGAGGGAAGUCAUGUUAUGAGUGUGUUGGUUGUGCUAUAGACUAUUUUGACGCCAGCAGAGAGGGCGCCACGACUAGAGCUGGCUGUUAUGUUUGCUCUAAAUCAUGGAGUGAUGAAUUUGCAUCAGCUCAACGUCUUUGUUAUACAGAAACACAGUAUUUUAAUCUUCUAUUAACGUUGACAGAUUCCUCAGUUGGUGACGGUAAAGUAUCAGAAUAUAGAGGCUGUAAGAAAUUUAUGGAUAAUUUUGGUAGAUUUUUAAAUUAUUGUUUCUGCGAUUCUCACAAUGAAUGCAACAGUGGACAGAACCUUAAGAUAAACACAUUCCUGUCUCUAGCUAGUAUAUUUAUAAUGAUGUUACUAAAGUGAAAUAUAUUUAUCUUCACAGUAGGCCUAUAACUUCAAUGUUUUCCAUACAGGUACCAUUUUAAUUUACCACCACAUAUUAAUAUUAUAAAUAUUAAUGUUAACAUCUUAGAUGAGAUAUCAAAAUUGGCAAAUUGAUUUUUAAAAUUUUAUUAAAGAUGCAUUAUGUAAGAGCUAAAUAUGCCUAAUGUAGACUUUUCGUUUGGACUCAAAUUUUUAUAUAAAUCAUUAAUUAGACAUGUAUUCACAUGCCAAGCCCAUUAUCAACGUUCUAGGCCAUCGGAUGCUUUUGAUUUUCAACGGAUUUAAAAAACCGAUGGCUAUUUAACAAUUUAAUUUAAAAAAUGAAUAAUGGAGGCGUUGUUUAUUAUCGUAACAACGAUAGCAAUGACAAUCGAGACUACAUUGUUCUUCAACGGCAAUAAUCCCGCUCAUAAUAAAGCGAUUUGCUUGAAAUUUUCAACAUAUUACCUUUUCAUUGUCUAUUUUUAACGAUCACAGCGGGGACAGCCUUUAUAAUAUUUUACAAAUCAUUCACGUCGUUUAUUCUAUACAUAACACUUUUAUACUGUAAAUUGUUAUCAUUCCUUUUUUAUUUUGAAAUGUGAUAUAAUUCCGUCACCCCCGUCCAUUCGUCCAUACGUCAGUCAACGCGUGGUUCGCAAUUGCCUGUGGACAACGUAAAGUGUUUAUGUUCUUGAACAAAAAAGCCUCUUUCAGCGAUAUCCGACUACUUGAACCGUUAUAUUAUAUUAUAGUUAUCAUCUGAUACAAGUUAAUGUUUUGUUGUAUACUAAAUGUUAGCACUAGGAAGAACUAGACGCCAAUCAAAUUUUAGUUAUUUCUGAUAAUUACUUCAUGGGUUGUUACCCAUGAUCAGUUUUUGGUGUCUUUUAAAUGCCCCAAUUACCCACAAAAAAUAUGCUACUUAGUAGUUGUUGGUGUAUGUUUCCCUUCCUCACAACAUGUCUUUUUUAAUAUCAUCUAUGAACAGAUUCAUUUUAUUAUCAUCCCAAUUAUUAUAAUUAUCAUCUCGUUUGUACAAAUAUUUUUCUUAUUAAACUGAAAACUAAUC